CCAUAUCUAUAUCUAUAUCCAAAAUACAAUACUACAGGUACACUCCGUUUCCUCCCUCUCUCUAUAUAUACACCUACUAGUACUAGUGUGAUUCUGUAAUUACUUGUUAUCCACUCGAUCGUUUUAUCUCUCUCUGACGCAAAACUAAUAAUGGCCGGCGGAGGUGUUAUUGCUCCGGCUGGAAAGGCCGGUAAGGUCUACCCUGGUAAACUCACCUCAACUGUAAUCACCACAUGCAUCAUUGCAGCCACUGGAGGCUUAAUCUUCGGUUAUGAUCUCGGAAUUUCAGGUGGAGUUACGUCGAUGGAUUCAUUCUUGGAGAAGUUUUUUCCUUCUGUAUAUGAGAAGGAGACAUCGAUUACGCAAUCGGAUAACCAGUACUGCAAGUUUAAUAGCCAGAUAUUGACUUUGUUUACAUCGUCCUUAUAUAUAGCUGCUCUUGUUUCAUCGAUUGGUGCUUCGGUUAUAACUCGAAUUUUGGGAAGAAGGGUUAGUAUGUUUUUGGGUGGACUGCUUUUUGCGGUUGGGGCACUAUUUAAUGGCUUCGCUAGUAAGGUCUGGAUGCUUAUUGUUGGUCGGUUGUUACUUGGUGCCGGCAUUGGCUGUGCCAAUCAGUCUGUGCCGAUUUAUCUAUCAGAAGUUGCACCAUCCAAGUACAGAGGUGCUCUAAACAUGAUGUUCCAAUUUUCAAUAACAAUUGGAAUUCUCAUUGCCAAUCUUUUAAACUAUUUCUUUUCAAAGAUUCAUGGAGGUUGGGGCUGGCGUUUGAGUUUAGGGCUUGCAAUAGUUCCGGCAGUAAUAAUUAUGAUAGGAUCAUUGAUCCUACCUGAGACUCCAAAUUCCUUGAUUGAGCGUGGUUACUUGGAUAAAGCUAAGCAAAAACUAAUCAAACUGCGUGGAAUUUCCAAUGUUGAUGAAGAAUUUAACGAUUUAAUAGCAGCUAGUGAGGAAUCCAAGGCUGUUAAUCGCCCAUGGAAGGCCAUACUUAGGCGAAAGUACAGACCUCAGCUUGUUAUGGCUAUUUGCAUUCCUAUGUUUCAACAACUCACUGGCAUGAAUGUUAUUGUUUUUUAUGCUCCUGUGUUGUUUAGAACCAUUGGUUUUAAAAGCACAGCUUCACUUAUGUCUGCUUUAAUCACUGGUAUUGUCAAUGCUCUAGCUACCUUGGUUUCAAUUUUCACAGUAGAUCGGUAUGGGAGAAGAACUCUUUUCCUUGAGGGUGGAGCUCAAAUGUUCAUUUGCCAGGUUAUUGUAACGGCGGCCAUAGCAGCCAAGUUUGGAGUUAACGGAAAUCCAGGAGACUUGCCAAUGUGGUACGCAGUUAUAGUGGUGCUAGUGAUAUGCAUAUAUGUAGCUGGGUUUGCAUGGUCUUGGGGUCCGCUUGGGUGGCUGGUGCCCAGUGAAAUUUUCCCAUUGGAGGUCCGAUCUGCAGCUCAAAGUAUAAACGUAUCAGUGAACAUGAUCUUCACCUUCAUAAUUGCACAAAUCUUCACUUUAAUGCUUUGCCAUAUGAAGUUUGGAUUGUUCAUUUUCUUCGCCAUAUGUGUGCUUAUAAUGAGCACCUUCAUUUACUUCUAUUUACCUGAGACCAAAGGAGUGCCUAUUGAGGAAAUGGUGUCUGUGUGGAAGAAUCAUCCUCGUUGGAGAAAAUAUUUUGAUGACGAUGAAGAUGGACCUACCAGAGGCAAAGUUGAAUUAGUUUAUAAUUUUUAGGGUAUUAGAUUUAUUAGUAAGCAAAGUAAUAUAUUUAUUUAAGAAUAUGUAGAUCUUUUAUGGAACUGAAAAUAUGUUUUAGAUAUUUUCAGAUAUGUUAAAUGUGAUUAGCAAUAUGUUUAUUUUAUAUUAGAUUUUUUGUC